GAGAACGUAUAUUCUUCUCUGCGCGAAACCUAACAUUCCGAUAACUACGCCCACAUAGUCGAUAACUUUCUACCCAAACGCUUAUCGAAUAUCUCAGUAAUAAUAACACCCAUUCUAUUACUUGUAAUUAGAUCGUUUGUUUAUGUUCACAUAAUCGCGACUGCCAUUGAUUACUUGAUAAAUAGAAGUGACAAAAAAUAUUAUACCAAGUCGUAAAAAAGACAAAUGUUAUUGUUAACUACAAGCAAAUUGUAAAUGUUGCUACUGCCUAUCGCUUGCAGUAAGGGUUGAGUUAGCCAACAGGGCGAAUCAAUGUAACAAACACCGUACGAGUCCUAAACAAUAAUUACUUUGAUAAGUGAGACAAAGAACAACGAAACUAACCACAAGUAUCAUGGCAUUCAGAAAAAGGAGUAGAGCAACGGAUCGACAAGUACUUGUCGAAAACGAGCAGGUACCAUAUCGGGGUAGUGCAAUUGACGUCAACUUUGGUAGCUCAGCAAAUCCAGACAGAUUUAGCGCGAUUGCUGAAUCAAGCGAUGAGGAUGAAAUAAAGUGUAUGCCAGCAAUUUUGCCAACAAUGAAUAACGAAUUGGAUUCAGAACAAAUACGUAGUCACGGACAGAUAUUGAUGACUGAUGCGCCACCUGAUCGCUAUAACUAUACUUAUACCGUUUUCUAUCUGCUGGGCAUUGCCACUAUGACACCAUGGAACUUUUUCGUAACAGCAGAAGAUUAUUGGAUGUUUAAAUUCAGAAACACGACUAUCAACGAAACCUCCGAUGUUAUACCAGAACUGACACCAAUGCAAAAAAGCUUUACCUGUGAUCUAACGCUCGCUGCAUCUAUUUCGGGCACUAUUUUUCUCAUACUUAACGCCAUUUACGGGCAUCUCGUUUCACUGAAAGUGAAAAUGUUAGCAACACUUUUCACUAUUUUAGGCAUUUUCAUAAUAACCACCAGCUUUGUUGAAAUCAACACCGACCACUGGCAGGAACAGUUUUUCUUAAUCACAUUGUUUACGGUUGUAAUCAUUAACAUAUGUUCGGCCAUAAUGUCUGGCGGUAUAUUCGGUGUAGCCGGUCUCUUCCCAUCACAUUAUAUGACUGCUUUGGUCAGUGGUCAAGCCUUGGGCGGUAUAUUGUCGGCGCUCGCUUUCAUUUUAGUGCUAGCGUUUGGCUCUGCUCCAGAUGUUACUGCUCUGAUAUAUUUCAUCAUUGGUAGUGCUUUGGUUUUUCUAUCUAUAAUCUGCUAUAUAAUUAUGUCACAUCAGCCAUUUUUUAAAUAUUCUGUGGAGGGAAAUGAUAAGUACAAAAUUUUGGCCGACACACCCUCACAUAGUCGUAGUGUUGACACUGGCGUAGAUUUAGACCCCAAUGUAAGGGAUGUGUUUGGAAAAAUUUACGUUGAAGCUGUCAACAUAUGUCUACUCUUUGCGACCACGAUUUCGGUAUAUCCAUCGGUCACAGAGCUAAUGCAAUCUGAAAAUUACGGUAAAGGACACGCAUGGAAUGAUAUUUACUACAUGCCAGUGGUAAAUUAUCUCUUCUUCAAUUCCGGUGACUACUUUGGCCGUAUACUGGCCGGUUUGUGGGAGCGACCGCGCGAUAAUCCACACACGGUGCUUUUAAUGACUGUGAUACGUCUGCUGUACGUGCCGUUCUUUCUCUGUGCGAAUAGUAAUGUGCACAAUUUCCUACCCGUGCUGGUGCAUACCGAUAUAACAUUUAUCAUAUUGAUGAUUAGCUUUGGUAUAACUAACGGUUAUUUGGCAAAUAUCAGCUUAAUAAUGGCGCCGAGAUCUGUCAUGCGGCACGAAAAAGAAAUGGCUUCAUCCAUUAUGGCAGCAAGCCUUAGUUCAGGACUGGCAAUUGGCUCAUUACUAAGCAUGGCUUUUGUACAAAUGCUGUAAUAUCGGGUGUGGAACGCAAAACUUAGUGCCUUGUACAUAGAAAUAUUAUAUUGUAAUGAAAACAUAUUGAGAAAUAGGCGAUUUAGAAUUUAAUAAUGAGAUUAGCUCAGCCGAAAGCGUGCCAAAAUCAAAAUUUUGAUUAAAUUACUUCUUAGAUUUUUUCUCUAAUUUAUUGUUAUUUAAAUUUUUGUUUAAUUUAUUUUUUUAUUUAAUAUUUUGUUUAUUUAUUUUUUUAUUUAAUAUUUUGUUUAAUUUAUUUUUUUUAAUUAUUAUUUUUUAUUAAUUAUUUUAUUUGUAGUUUUUUAAUUUUUUAUGUGUAGUUUUUUAAUAUUUACUUUUUUUAUCUUUUUGUAAUUUUUUUAUGUUUAUUUUAUUUUUUUUUUUUUGGAUUUUUGUUUGAUUUUUAAUUUUAAUUUUUUUUCUUGUAAGUUUUUUCCAAAAGACAAUGUAUCACGCCAAUUAUGUUAUAAUUCACUAUGUUUAUCUACGUUUUAUUUUUAAAUAAUCGGACAAGUAAAACUAUAUUGAAUCAAGGUCAAUGCAUAAUAAGUGAAAAGUAUUGUUGUCAAAUUCAUGUUCUAAGAAAAGAUCAAAUGAGAAGUAAGCAAAAAUCAGAAAUAUCGUUAUAAGUCUUCUUUAAAUUUAUAACAAUUUAUGUAGAACAAUUUUAAACUAAAUAUUUUUUAAACACAUUAAUAAAAUAACGUCUUUUGACCAAAUGCUUUUAACCAA